ACAAGUUGGCAUUAAGAAUGGAAUGUUUUUUGGGUAUGCUAAACAGCUCUGUCCUAAUCUUCAAGCUGUUCCAUAUGAUUUUCACGCAUAUAAGGAAGUUGCACGAACAAUGUAUGAAACAUUGGCAAGAAAUUUGAGAGGCUCUAACAUUCUCUUGGCCAGAAUGGCAACUAGAAAAGCAAAGCCAGAUGGGCAAUACCACCUAAAACCAGAGGAAGUAGAUGAUUUUAUCAGAGGUCAGCUAGUUACUAGUCUACCAGGAGUUGGACGUUCAAUGGAAUCUAAGUUGACAUCUUUAGGAAUUAAAACUUGUGGAGACUUGCAGUAUAUGACCAUGGCAAAACUCCAAAAAGAAUUUGGUCCCAAAACAGGUCAGAUGCUUUAUAGGUUCUGCCGUGGUUUGGAUGAUAGACCAGUUAGAACUGAAAAGGAAAGAAAAUCGGUUUCAGCUGAGAUCAACUAUGGAAUAAGGUUUACCCAGCCAAAAGAGGCAGAAGGUUUUCUUCUGAGUCUUUCAGAAGAAAUUCAAAGACGACUUGAAGCUGCUGGCAUGAAGGGUAAACGCCUGACUCUCAAAAUCAUGGUACGAAAGCCAGGGGCCCCUAUAGAAACUUCAAAAUUUGGAGGCCAUGGAAUUUGUGAUAAUAUUACUAG